AUGAGAUACCGAGGGAUGAAUAAUGCAGAUCAAAUCAAAACAAUAUUCAAAAUAACAACACCUGAGACAGCGCCAAAAUGUGGCCUCUCCAGAAUCUGUCCACCUGACCAUUUCGCUAUACAUAUCAGAAGUGGAGCCGCCAAUGUUGUUGGGCCACACAUCUGUUUUGAGGGUAAAAUCAUCAUGGCUCAUCUGUUGAAUAAUGUGGGACCAGGACUGAACAUUGUGGUCAUAAAUAGUGAAAAAGGAGAUGUGGAGAAAUUUGGCUAUCUUAACAUGAAAAUUGGAAAACCAGAAGACAUCCUGGCGUACCUGAAGGAGAUUGAAACCGGAAUGAUUGUUAUGGUGGCAUCAUAUGACGACGUGACAACAAAAAUGACAGAUGAAAUGAGGGAGAUAUUCGUCGGAAUGGGAAGCACUUUGAUCAAGUCUGUAAAACGCAGAGAUAACUGGGUGUUUGUAGGAAAAGCAGGGAUGAGAAACAACAGCUGCUUUGAGAAGCAAGCUGUUAAUGAUGAGAAAACCAACAUUUACGAAGGAUGGCCCGCGACGGUGGAGGUGGGCGGCUGUUUCCCCCGAGGCGCUGAUGGACAGAAACUUUAA